AUGAAUGGCACAGAGGGACCUAACUUCUACGUCCCCAUGUCAAAUGUCACCGGCGUGGUGAGGAGUCCGUUCGAAUAUCCACAGUACUACCUUGCAGAACCAUGGGCUUAUUCAGCUCUGGCUGCUUACAUGUUCUUCCUGAUCAUCGCCGGAUUCCCCAUCAACUUCCUCACCCUGUAUGUCACCAUCGAACACAAGAAACUAAGGACCCCCCUGAACUACAUUCUGCUGAACCUGGCUGUGGCCGACCUCUUCAUGGUGUUUGGCGGAUUCACCACCACGAUGUACACCUCCAUGCAUGGCUACUUCGUCUUCGGCCCCACCGGCUGCAACAUCGAAGGUUUCUUCGCCACCCUCGGCGGUGAGAUCGCGCUCUGGUGCCUAGUCGUCUUGGCCAUUGAGAGGUGGAUGGUUGUCUGCAAGCCAAUGAGCAAUUUCCGCUUUGGUGAGAACCAUGCCAUCAUGGGCGUUGCGUUCACCUGGGUGAUGGCUCUGGCCUGUGCUGCCCCCCCUCUCUUUGGCUGGUCUCGGUACAUUCCUGAAGGUAUGCAGUGCUCGUGUGGGAUUGACUACUACACCCCAAACCCUGAGACCUACAAUGAGUCCUUUGUCAUCUACAUGUUUAUCUGCCACUUCACCAUCCCGCUCACCGUCAUCUCUUUCUGCUAUGGCCGACUGGUGUGCACCGUCAAAGAGGCUGCUGCUCAGCAACAGGAGUCAGAGACCACCCAGAGGGCCGAGCGGGAGGUCACCCGCAUGGUCAUCAUCAUGGUCAUCUCAUUCCUGGUCUGCUGGGUGCCCUACGCCAGCGUGGCCUGGUACAUCUUCACCCACCAGGGAAGCAGCUUUGGACCCAUUUUCAUGACCAUUCCAGCCUUCUUUGCCAAGAGUUCAUCCCUCUACAACCCCCUCAUCUACAUCUGCAUGAACAAGCAGUUCCGAAACUGCAUGAUCACCACCCUCUGCUGCGGAAAGAACCCCUUUGAAGAGGAGGAGGGAGCAUCCACCACGGCGUCCAAAACCGAGGCUUCAUCUGUGUCCUCUGUCUCCCCGGCAUAAACCUUGUCUCACAGAACACGACAUAUUACCACGAAGACCGAGAAUGCUCACUGAAACCGCUAAACGCUACCAUUUCAGAGACGUUUUACGAUUUUUUUACACAACCACAGAGGCUUAGCCCUGUAUACUGGUUGUCGUCAAUGUGAUGUCAGUAUGUACAGAAUAGUCAACAUGAUAGCAAGGCUUUCUUUUACAAGGAAAAUGUCCUGUGUUAUUCAGUUUGAUUCCAUGUUGUUGGCUUAUUUGAGAUUGUAGAGACAAUGUAAUCAACCAUAUGUGAAAU